AAUUACUCGACACACGCUUCGAAGCCUCGAUACAGAACGUCACAUCACUACUCCUGGCUCUUAUACGAUGAAGAGGCUAAUUUGAGCUGCUAUUAAACGCUUUGACAAUGAUCCGGAUCCUGAGCGGGGCGUCCUUUAAGGCUGCUGGUGGACUGUUAAAAGAUAUUCAAAGCAGACAGCUACACGGCACAUAUGACAUAGCUGUGGUGGGAGCCGGCAUUGUGGGCUUGGCCACAGCGAGAGAGCUGAUUCUGAGACACCCGUCGCUCAGUUUCGUCCUCCUGGAGAAAGAAAAAGAGCUUUCUUUACACCAGAGUGGGCAUAACAGUGGAGUCAUUCACAGUGGGAUCUACUACACACCGGGAUCACUGAAGGCUCGCCUGUGUGUGCGAGGAGCCACUUUAGCCUAUGAGUAUUGUGAGAAGAAAGGACUUCCUUACAAGAGAUGCGGAAAGCUCAUCGUUGCUGUGGAGCAGGAAGAGAUUCCCAGACUAAAGGCUUUAUAUGAGCGCGGCAUGAAGAACAAUGUGCGUGACCUGACCAUUGUCGAUGGCAAGGGCAUCCGGGACAGAGAGCCUUACUGCAGGGGGAUAAUGGCCUUGGAUUCGCCCUACACUGGCAUUGUCGAUUGGAGGAUGGUGGCUCUCAGUUAUGGUACUGACUUCAAGGAGGCAGGUGGCACUGUGGUAACUGAAUAUGAGGUCAAUGACAUUUCCAUGAUCAAGGAGAGCCCAGCAGGAAGCACAGAAGGAAUGAAAUAUCCACUUGCAGUCAGAGAUAACAAAGGUAAUGAGCUGCGGUGCCGUUACGUCCUGACCUGUGGUGGCCUGUACUCGGACCGUUUGUCACAGAUAUCUGGAUGCAGUCGGGAGCCACGGAUCGUCCCGUUCAGAGGAGAUUAUUUAGUCUUGAAACCUGAGAAAAAUUACCUGGUCAAAGGAAAUAUUUACCCUGUUCCUGACCCUCGUUUUCCGUUCCUCGGAGUUCAUUUUACCCCGAGGAUGGAUGGAAGUAUUUGGCUCGGCCCCAACGCUGUCCUCGCCUUUAAAAGGGAGGGUUACAAAGUGUACGACUUCAGUGCUCAAGACUUUGCUGAUGCGCUCUUGUUCAGAGGCCUUCAGAAGCUAAUAAUGAGGAACAUUACAUUCGGAGUUGGAGAAAUGUAUAGAGGAGUUUUCAUUGGUGCACAGGUUAAAAAUCUGCAGAAGUACAUCCCUGAACUUUCCCCGAGUGAUGUGAUCAGGGGUCCAACGGGAGUUCGAGCACAGGCCCUCGACCGCGACGGAAACCUCGUGGAUGACUUUGUGUUUGACGGCGGGGUCGGAGACGUGGGCAGUCGAGUGCUCCACGUGCGUAAUGCUCCUUCGCCGGCAGCCACCUCCUCCCUCGCCAUUGCUGAGAUGAUUGCAGAUGAGGUGGAGAACCGUUUUACGUUGUAGCAGAGGGAGAAGAGAAAACCAAAGAAAGUCCAGCUGUCAUUACUUCUUUAUUACAGAACAGGCCUUAUUUUAACAGAAUAAAGUGACUUAUCUGCUGCGGUUUUGUUUUUAACACUUUUUUAUUUUCGUGGUGCUACUUCAGGUUGUAUGUUUACUUCACCACGUGUGAAAGUACAGUUUAUUUUCUGCACUACAUUUCUGUCUAGAAAUAAAGUUUGCCAUGACCUGCUUUUUACAUUUGUAACUUCAAUAGCAUUAUCAUCAGUUUCUAACAUUAAAACUAUAAUAUCAAAGUA